AUGCUGGUGGGAGCUCCCUGGGAUGGAACAGCAGAUGAUCGAAAAGGUGACAUUUACAAAUGCAUUGUGGGAGCAAGAAACAAUUCAGCAUGCACCAAAGUUAAUAUAGGUGACAUAGCUCUGCGGAACAGCUCCAAGCAAAUAAAGAACAUGCAUUUUGGAAUGACGCUUGUGGCCAACAGAGAUGACGGGUUUGUGGCAUGCGCCCCACUGUGGUCUCAAGAAUGUGGAACGUCCAUGUUUAGUACUGGAAUUUGCACCAGAAUGGAUGAAAACUUCCAGCCGAUGGAAAACAUUGCCCCCACAGCUCAAAGAUGCUCAACCUACAUGGAUAUCAUAAUUGUUCUGGAUGGAUCCAACAGCAUCUAUCCCUGGUAUGAAGUGCAGAAUUUCCUCAGCAACAUCCUUAGCAAAUUUUUCAUCGACCCUGACCAGAUCCAAGUCGGGGUUUUACAGUACAGUGAAGAGGCAAUCCAUGAAUGGACUCUCAAAGACUACCAGACUGCAGAAGAAGUAAUCGAAGCAGCCAAAAACAUUAGCAGGCAGGAGGGCCUGGAAACUCGGACAGCUUCUGCAAUCCACAAGGCCUGUACAGAGGCCUUCAGCCCAGAAAGAGGUGGGAGAGAAGGAGCCACCAAGCUAAUGAUUGUGGUGACUGACGGGGAGUCCCACGAUGGCGAAGAACUCCCCGAUGCCCUGGAAGAGUGUGAGAAACGAAACGUGACCCGCUAUGCCAUUGCAGUGCUGGGACAUUAUAUCAGGCGCCAGAAAGAUCCGGACUCCUUCAUCAAUGAAAUUAAAUAUAUCGCCAGUGAUCCUGACGAGAAGUAUUUCUUCAACGUCACCGAUGAAGCAGCUCUAAAUGAUAUCGUGGAUGCUUUGGGGGAUAGGAUUUUUAGCCUGGAAGGGACCCGGGAAUAUAGUUCUUUUGAGCUGGAAAUGUCUCAGAUUGGCUUCUCCAUGCAUCUCCUGGAGGAUGGAAUCCUUUUUGGCAUGGUUGGGGCAUACGACUGGGAUGGCGGAGUCCUGAAGGAGAGCAAUGGCAGGCGGAUCAUUCCUUCAAGGGAAGCUUUUCAGAGAGAGUUCCCCUUGCAACUGAAAAACCACGCCGCCUACCUAGGCUACGCAGUCUCCUCAAUCAAACUCAGGAACGGGAAGGGUCUGUACGUAGCGGGUGCCCCCCGUUUCAAGCACAAGGGGAAAGUCAUCCUGUUUGAGAUGAGCAGCAGUGGUCAUGUGACUAUCUCUCAGGCCCUAACUGGGGACCAGAUCGGCUCGUAUUUCGGCAGUGAAGUGUGCCCUGUGGAUGUGAACGGAGAUGGAAUCACGGACGUCUUGCUGGUGGCUGCACCCAUGUAUUUGGGGGCACAGAACAAGGAAAUGGGUCGGGUUUAUAUCUACAGAGUGGGGCAGCAACUCCUGUCUUUUAAUGGGACACUCCAUGCCGACCCCAAACCUCAAGAUGCUCGUUUUGGCUACUCCCUGCUGGCUGUGUCUGACCUCAAUCAUGACAGCUUUAAUGAUGUGGUGGUCGGCGCACCACUCGAGGAUAAUCACCAGGGAGCUGUCUACGUGUAUCAUGGGUACCGUACCACUGUUCUGCCACGCUUCAAGCAGCGAAUUGAAUCAGCAGGGCUUCGUCGAGGCCUCACGUACUUCGGCCGCAGCUUGGACGGAAAAAUCGAUUUGGACGGCGAUGGUCUGGUGGACCUUGCUGUGGGUGCUCAGGGUGCUGCGGUGGUCUUGAGGUCAAGGAGGAUUGUACAGGUCAACGCCUCAAUUUCGGCCAAUCCUUCAUCUAUCAAUGUGAUCCAGAAGAACUGCCAUCGAAACGGCAAGGAGUCUCUUUGCGUCACAGCUGACAUCUGCUUCAGGGUGUCUUCUCGCUCUCUGGGCCGGAGGGACAGCCAAUUUAGUGUGAAGUUCAACGUAUCCCUGGAUGACAGGAAAUUUGGGACGAGAGCUGUUUUUGAUGACACCUCCCAAAAGCUGCUUCAGAAAAGAAUUCGGGCCAUUGUGGGGAGGACAGUAUGCUCGACGGUCCGUUUUCACAUGAUUGACACUUCUGAUUACCUGAGGCCUGUUGUGGUCACAGUCAAGUUUGCACUAAAUGAUGCUGAACCAGGCCCGGUACUGGAUGAGAAAUCGGUCACGACAGUCAAGAAACUAAUCCCCUUCUUCAAGGACUGUGGAGAGGAUAAUGAGUGCAUCACAGAUCUGGUGUUGCAAGCCCAGAUGGACAUCUCUGGAUCCAGGCAGAAGCCUCACGUGAUUCGUAAAGGAAAGCGGAAGGUCUUGGUGGAUGUCCUUUUGGAAAACAAGAAGGAGAAUGCCUAUAACACCAGCCUCAGGCUCUGGUUUUCCAAAAACCUCCACUUCUCUAGUCUAGUGCUGAAGGGCGAGAACCUGGUGAAGUUGGAAUGCACCACCCCAUCGGCCCAAACCCGCACGUGCAGCGUCAGCUACCCUGUCUUCAGAUCCUUAGCAAAGGUGGCCUUUCUCCUUGAAUUUGAAUUCAGCUGCUCUUCCCUUCUGAGCCGAGCGCACGUGAAGCUCACUGCCAGCAGUGACAGCCGUGAAUUGAAUGCGACCCUUACAGACAACUCCGUGCAGCCCUUGGCUUAUGUCCGUUAUGAGCCUGACCUUUUCCUGACCAGUGAAUCCACGCUAAAUCGGUAUGAAGUGCAUCCUGUGGGGACCUUUCCAAAUGACAUGAUCCCAGAGUUCAAGACAACCAUCAAGGUGCAAAAUCUUGGCUGCUACACCGUGGAGGACCUCUCCCUCCUCAUGGAUCUUCCCACUGCAGCCUAUCAGAACAGCGAGUUCCUCUCCAUCACCCACAUCAUGGGGGACAAUGUGUCUUGCAUCUUUCAAAAUUUGACUGAGACUACACCAAGAGCAGGCAGUGGUGUGAUUCCUAUUCAUCCAGAAGAACUCAUGCAUGUUGAGAAGUUGAACUGCACCAAUACCAGGUGCCAAACGAUGAAGUGCGAACUAUCCCAUAUCGAAAGGAGCUCAGAAGUCUCCAUCCACCUGCUGAGAGCUGUCCAUAAUGAGUUUUUUAGGAAGGCAAAGUUUAAGACCGUGAAGAUUGUGAGCACGUUCACCCUGACCUCCCAAGAAGAGGACGGCAUCCUCCUCCUGCCCAAGGCAGCCCAUCAGAGGGAGAGUAUCUUGGAGAUUAUCCAGCCCAAACUGGUCCCUCUUUCCCUCUGGAUCCUGAUUGGCAGCAUCAUUGGGGGACUCCUGCUGCUGGCCGUGAUCAUCAUCUUUUUGUGGAAGCUUGGAUUUUUUGCACAUAAAAAGCCCGGCGAAGAAGAGAAAGAGGAGCAGCAGGCAGCGUUUUGAGCAGAGACGCUUCAGUUCUCCACAGAAACCAGCAACUUUGGGAGGCAUCAGCAGACAGGGAGUCUCCGUUUUCCUCCUCGGGUCCCCUUUCUUCCAGCUGCACCCAAGAAAUGGUCCUGUGAUCCACUACCUUUCCUUUGCCUUUGGGAAAACAAGGAAAUAAGCCAUUUUCACCCACCAGGGCCACCGUUUUCACAAAGCCAUCAGAAAGUGGGUCUUGAAAUCAGGGAUCCAGUUUUGCUUGUGGGGUUCAGAGGACAGAGAAAAAGGAGCAGUAAUGUAAAUGCCAGCGGAUAAGCUCCCCCCCCCCCCACACCCCAUCAAGGACAUGAACUGUUCUGAGUGCAGACCACACCCUUUGCACCUCUGACUGAUUUCCGUACUGAGGAACUCCACAAACAGCUCCCGUUCUACCUGCAGCAUCGCUACUCCGGUGAGAGAAACACUGGUUUCAAAUAACCACGUACAAACGCUGUUUUUCGCUUAGGAUAUGCCCAAUCCCAGUUGAAAGCUCCCGGCUGUUCAUUGAGACCUGCGGCUAUGGCAACGGGAGGCCAUUUGGGUGGCAGAGGACCAGUAAAGCGGAGAGGUGUUGCAGCUAUGGUUGCCAACCUCCAGGUGAGACCCAGAGAUCUCUUGGAAUGGCAACUGAUCUCCAGAGAAUAGAGGAGUUCCCCUGGUGAAAACAGCUGCUAGGGGGUGGCCUAUUUGACACUGCUGGGCCCCACUCCAACCCCAGACUCCACUUCUGAAUCUCCAGGGAUUUCCCAAUCCAGAGUUGGUGCCCCCAGUUAUAAUCCUACAUCUCUGUGACCCAAGUGUUUAUUACCUUUCCCUGAUCGUGACCCAAAUGGCCGCUGGCAGUGGGAAAAACUGCCAUGGACUACUUUAAGGUGGGGCAGGAGGGGGCUUGAGUCGUCACCUGCAAGAAAAUGUGCACGACCUGUUCCCCGGGGAAGCGUACGCAAGUAUGAGGGAGCUGGCAAGGGAACAGGCCCCUCUCUGCCUUUUGCCAGAGGCUGUAGGCGGCCAGCUGUCUGCCUGGCUUCCAGUGGUGGCUUGAAGAUGCUCGCCGACUACCCACGGGCAUGGCAGGCAGAGGUGCGAGACAACUCGCUGCAUGGGGAGUGUUGACGAAAAGCACAGAGAUAUUUCUGCUAUUAAAAGGGGAAAAGGACAAAA